UAUCUCUCCAAUCGGAACUACCUAAUCCGACUGGGAAGAGUCACCGAAAAAGAAAAUCUCCUCCAGUCGGAACUGCCAAAUCCGACAGGGAGGAGUCCUUUAAUUCCGCUUUUACGCACUCCCACCUCUUUUUUUCCUUAUAAAUACAUUCUAAAUUUUAUCAAUACUCAUUCUUACAUCAUUACUCAAUCUCAAUUUUAUCGAUCCCAAGCAAGAGUAUUGACUACCAAAUCAAACAUUUGGGAUCAGCCAAAUUUCCAGGAAUUUCAAAUGGACCAAAACAUUCCGCGCCCCAGGCCUGUUAACCGUUCACUACUCACGUUGCCACUGCGUGCCCAUCGUGCGGACCGUGUAUGGUAUGAACCAGAUUCCAAUGACUCGUGCUUGAAAUGUGUAAGUUGCCCUUCUCACGCAUUCGGAGAUGAAGAGCGAGAUCAAAGAGUGAUAGAUAUGUUAGCAUAUAUUGGCUUCUUGGGGGUAGAGCACAUUGCCCGUAUGAAGGUGGAUCAUAGUUUAAUAUGUGCUUUGGUGGAGAGAUGGAGGUCGGAGACACAUACUUCCCAUCUUCCAUUCGGUGAGGUCGGCAUUAGUCUACAGGAUGUGUCGAUCAUCCUUGGUUUGUCCAUUCGGGGUAUGCCCCUCAGUGGUCCAACCGUUAAGGGUAAGGCUCAGUGGAUCGACCUGUGCACGCAGUCGUGUGGUUUCACUCCUCUAGAGACUGAUAUACGCACGAGUGAUAUCACCAUGAGUGCUGUUACCCGUCACCCGAUCGUACCUAACAGUACAGACGAAGAGGUCACCCAACACACCAGGACCCUAAUAUGGCAAUUGCUUGGAGAGUUUUUGUUCCCUGACACGAGUGGGGCAAGAAUAAGAUUGUACUUUUUAGAGGUCUUGGCUGGUGACUUAGCUUUAGCCCGUCGAUGGAGUUGGGCAUCAACGGUUCUCGGCUACCUCUACCAUAACUUGUGCAACGGCGCCAAGUGGGAAACCAAACAAGUUGGCGGUUGUAUGCACUUGUUACAGAUUUGGGCUUGGUCGAGGAUUUCGAUGGUUCGUCCCUCAGUACUUCAGGUCAUGCAACACGACCAUCUUCCAUAUGGCUGCAGGUGGAUCGUUCCCAAGUCAUAUAAGGGAUCCCCAAGACACUGCAUACGCUAGUACCAGGGUGACCUAGACCGCAUGAGUGAGAGUCAGUUUUAUUUCACUCCCUACACGUCCGAGGAACUCCCACUUAUCAUCCUUUAGGACGCUCCACUUUGGUCGGCUAGGGUCAUGCUCAUAUUUUGCAAUAUGGCCGAAAUGCAUUACCCCGAUCGAUUUCUUUGGCAGCUCCAUAUAAGGCAAGAUACUACGGAUGCUCCUUUGGCGGGUACUGAUCAUCACGGAUAUUGUUCCAACAUAGUAAUCGGUGCCUUAGCGAUGUGAGCGGACAUACAACAUAAUAUAUACUUUCUUGAUUAUGAUCGACAUAUGUCUGUCGAAGCAACUAAGAGGUACCGAAAAUGGUACAAGAAGCAUGACAUGACACGUGUCCAGAACCCUUCUCACAAUGUGCCCACGACAGGCUACACCCCGACAUCACACGAUGGGGGUAUUGUGAAACAAGGCUUUUAUGAGGUGAAUCGGCUCUUAGCCGACCACGUGAGUCAUGAGGACUGUCAAAAACGACUACUGCAGAUGGCCCUGGACGUAGGUGAUGAAGAGAUGCUCCGCCGGGGCGUAUUCCAUUAUGAAGAUGAAGAUGAAGGUGGAAGUGACGAAGAGGAUGAUACAGAUGAACAUGAAGGCGGGGUGAGCACUCACAAUCGCCCCCUCAAUUCUCAACACAAGGUGUCUCAUUUGAUCAACCACCCCCUCAAUUCUCAACGCAUCAAGGUGUCUCAUUUGAUCAACCACCACCGUAUUAUGAUUCUUAUCAGUACUCCACACAAGAGGGUGAUUAUGUUGAUUCAUUUCUGGAUUCGUUGUUUUACUAUGGAGACACAACGGGGCCUUGGAACACUGGCGAUGGGAACGGAGCAGGGCCGAGCACACAACGUUAGAUAUAGUAUCAAAUUUAAUAUUGUAUGUGCUGUCUAUUCAUUAAUAAAUUACAUUGAAA